AUGGUCAGACCAGCAGCACAAUUGGAACACAAUCAUACAAGUCCACCUUUUGCCUCCGCCAGGCUUUUUAAGGAUGCGUUUGUGUCCUUUGUGAAGCGGGAAGAAUGUAGAGAGCGGAACCGUCAGACGGGCCAUUGGAUAUUGGCCCAAGCUUGUCCGCUUACAUCGUCCGGUCUGGCGUUAAAUAUAGUCAUACCGUUCAGCUCUAUCACCCCUUCCGUGCCUAACUUCCAAGAAACGCGAAGGAAGCACGAGGGCCGUGAUACGACCAAGUUGCUUGAGCCUAGACAGGGGGAGUUGGGAAGCCGGGGUUGGACUCGAACCAAGAACUUUCCCGUCAGUAAGUUCGUGCCUCAUUCACCGAACCACAUCGACCUCAGGAGACCAACGAAUGACGAGCAAUGUCUAUUGAUUAAAAAGUGUAGAGCGAGAAAGGAGGCUUUACUUUCCGGUGUUAUCAGAGUAUCCGAACACCGCCAAGCACGUAAUUGUUUGAUAAAGAUGGUGCAAUCUAGUCAUUUCGCGCAAGAGCUGCAUCAGGUUAACGCUUCUGUACUGGAUGCGAAGCGUUCCAGCUUACGAAAAUUGUCACCUGUUUUGAUUGGUGGCAUUUUGUGCGUGGGAGGCAGACUUAUUACUGCCUUGAUCAUACGUCGCCUUCAUGAAGUAGAAGGGCAUUGUGGAACAGGGCAGGUCUUGGACUCUACUCGACUGCGAUACUGGAUUAUCAAUGGGACCGGCGCCGUCAAACGAGUGAUUGGUGUGUGCUCUUUAUGCAGGCGACGGUCCGCACAGAUCGGUACACAAAUGAUGGCUCCAUUACCGGCAGACAGAGUAGGAGUGGGUUGGGGCCCCUUCGAGUGCUCCGUUUGGAAAUGGCAGGCAACUUGUCGACGCUCCGUUGGUAGACGUGGCAAGUCCACCGAUAUCUACAGUGAUAAUGGUAGGAACUUCGUUGGUGCGCUAACGGAAUUUUGGGAUGAUACAAAGCGGUGGAGUCAGAGGCAUCAAUAUUUGGAUAUUAUCGCAAAAAAAUCGUUCAGCUGCAACACCCUUCCGGUGCUACCAGAAGGAACCACGAGGACUGGGAUACUGCCAGGUUGCCCAAGCCUAGACAGGGGAAGUCGAGAGGUGGAGGUCGGGUUGGAAGCACGGAUAGUAAAUUCGGUCAGUAAAUUCGCGAUCUAA